ACCGUUUCACAAAAGCAUCGUAAAUCUUACGUAGUACGUAACUGCGACGUAAGUAGUUCGUAGCAAAAUUUCGGCGUUUCACGAAAGCGUCUUAAUUCACGUUGCGUCGUAAGUUACGUCGUAACUCUACGUCAUCUCGGAGGUGACGUAAAAUUACUUCUCAGCGUUAGUUUAUCAAAAUGGCGGCGUUCAUGAGGGUUGUUGAUGAGCAAGUGCGACGGGAUUUGAGGCGGCAGCGCAUUUUUAGGGACAGACAGAAUCCCCUUGACGCCUACGACGACCUUGAAAUCAUUCAGCGAUAUAGAUUAGACAGGCAAUCCAUCAUCUCGAUCAUCGAUUUGAUUAAAGACCGCUUAGAGAGGCCCACCCAGCGAUCGGUCAGCCUUCCUGUAUCUCUACAAGUCUUCGCAACUUUGCGCUUCCUUGGUUCUGGCACCCAGCAGAGACUGAUUGGGGACACGCUAGGAAUUUCUAAGUCCUCCGUUUGCAGGUCCAUCGAAGAUGUAACAAAUGCCUUGAGUGCAUCACUGCAAAACAUCAAGUUUCCAACCAGUGACAUUGACGUUACCAGGACGAAGGUGGAUUUCCACUCCAUCGCCGGAUUUCCCAAUGUGCUAGGAGCCAUCGACGGGACCCACAUC